AUGAACACAGGCAUCUUUUUGGGAGGAACUCUGUUCGAGCAGAUCUUGUCAGCAGGCCUCCAUCUACGUUUAGUGAAAGAGAGAUUAAGUCCAGGCCAAGGACAAACGCAGCUGUCAGUUAAACAACUCUCCGGUAUAAACCACACUACAAUUUUUAACGGUCAUCCCAAACCGGACCGAUGCACAACAACAAGUAAAAGCUGUAAACUAGUGCAGCCUGGUGUUGACUCAGGAGUCAGAGCCACAGUGUGUAGAGCAGAACGGAGAACAGAUCUGGGGUGCCGAGACAACGCCGCUAUUACAAAGGAAGAUGCAGAGACCUCGUUGUGGAAUAGUGUGAUUGCUCCUGUUCUUAAUGAGCUAGAAAGUGUGGCUGCAGGCAGCUCAGAGGGCUCGGUGGACCGCCUGUGUGAUUUGUGUGAUCAUCUCCAUGGCACCUUGGCAGAUGCGGACACGCUCAAUCGACAGUGCAAGAGAAGGUCGUGGAUAUUGCGAACGCUCUUCCGCCUUAUCGACCUCAACUAUGCCCAGCUCAACCUACGCAUUGCCAAGCUCUGCCUCACUCUGUGUGUCAGGGGAAACAAUCUGCUCAACAUCUGUAAGCUCAUCUUCAAGAUCAGCCGCACUGACGACAAUGACAUCCUCUUCGAGAACAACUCUAUCAUUGAUUCAUUGCUGGGUCUGCUGAACAAUGAGGAUGUGGGUGUAUCAGGAGAAGCUCUUCUGUAUUGUGUUGGCACUUUAAAAUUCCUCUCUGGAAACAUAACAUUCCUCAGACUCAUGCUGGAUAAGAAUUGCAUCGGUGUGGCUCAGAAGCUCAUCCAGAAGCUCUGUACAGUCGAAGACACCCACUUUACCAUAGCAGGACACAUCCUUGUACAGUUGACAGCCACCCUAAGAAAUGUUGCCGAUCACCCAGAUUCCCGCCCACACUUUGUUUCCUUCUCUAUACUGCCAGCGCUGUGCCUGGUACUGCGUCAUCACAGUGAAGACCAGGACAUCUGCCUAAACGUUUCCAGAAUUUACAGCAAACUCUCCUCUUACUCCGAGUCCUGUCUCUCGCUUGCUCAGACCCAUGACUGCUACCCGCUAUUUAUAGAACUACUGCGCAAACAUCACCAAAAACAGGAACUUGUUGUGCGUCUUCUCUUCACUCUUGGGAACCUCACAGCCAAAGGCGGCGAGCCUCGUCAGCUGCUCUUUCAGUGUGAUGGCUGCAUGGAAACGCUUCUCCAACUUUACAAAAGCUACCAGAGAAAAGACCCGGCCCCAUACACACCCAUCCAGAGAGGGACCCCUUUCUCCACAGAACCUGCCAAUCCUCUCAUCAGUGCACGGGAGGUCGAUGACGUGCUGGUGAAGCUGGUCACGGUGCUGGCGAACAUUUCCAUCCAUCCAGCUGUCGGCUCAACGCUGACCACAAAUACAACCUGCAUUAAACUUCUAAUGGAGACGCUGGAGCUGAGAUCUGUGCAGGAGAGCGAGGAGCUGUUGGUGAAGGUCGCUGCCACCAUCACCAACCUGUCCUUCUACCAGGUGGAAGGCUCAGAGAUCAGAAGUAAUCAGCUCGCCAUUGCAACGUUGCUUUUGAAGUUGAUGCUUAGCUCCAGUAUGGAUGCCAUGCUGGAGGCCACCCGUGUCUAUGGAAAUUUGUCCCAUUGCAAGAAUGUGCAGGACUUCAUUAUGCAAAACAAAGUGCACCGGUUUGUGGUGACUCUGCUGGAUUCAAAGAGCGCUGAGAUGUGUUUUUCAGCCUGCGGGGUCCUUACCAACCUGGCUCUGGACCCUCCCAACAGGGUCUGUCUCGCACUGGAGGAGGCUUCUGUCAAGCUGGUGGACUGCCUGAGAGACUUUGGACCAGGUGACUGGCAGCUGGCAGGGCACGUAUGCCGGGCCAUGUGGAAUCUGACGGGUGGUGGCUCAGAGAAGCUGUUGGACACACAACAGAGGGAAACGCUGCUCGAAAUGCUGUCUGCAUUCGUGGAUGAAGAGGAGGCUCUGAAGUGGACAGAAAACGAACAUCUGAGGGACUUUCACAGGGCUUGCUGGGAGUUGGAGUUCCUGCCUGUUGCUCAAAAACUGAUGAUGGUGCUCCAGUCUCCAGAUCUCACAGCUUGACAUACUCCUCUAUGUGUGAAUGUGAAGGUUUAUCGUUUCCUUUUCAUUAAGAAAAUAAGAACCUCAAUUAAAUGUGACUGAAAUAACCAGCUAGAGAAAAAAAUAAUAAUCUCAAAUGCACAUAAAAGCUUCUCAUUCCUGUCCUGCAGAGCACAGUAAUCCUCUACAUAUGCUCAAUAUGAUAACCUUGCUACCUUAUGACUAAAUGCACCUGUUGUUUUUCACAGGGGAUUAAGUUACAAAUAUUUUAAAGCCAGUUUAAGGCCUGCAGAUGAUGAAUAUAAAACCCAUUACAAAAUUUCAGAGCAAUAAUUUCAUGGGCCCCUUUAAAAAUUAUAUAAACACCUGCUUUGAGGAUUUUCACAACUGACUUUAUUGUAAAUUUAACUUGUAAAGAAACCUAAAUGAUGACUGGAAUUAACCUCCUAAAUAAAGCUGUUAUUGUGUACAUUUGAGCUUGUGUGAAAUUAAAGAAUGCACCUUUU